ACAGUAAAGUGAAGUUAAAAAUUUGUGCUGUGCAAGUCAGAGAAGAAAUCGAUUGGGUUCCUUUUUACCAACGGCGACAAUGUUUUGGCGGAAGAAGAAGAGCAGCAAGUCGCCGACACCAAAGUCGAAGGAACCGUCGCCGAAAUCGAACCCAAAUCCGUCACUUCCACACGAUUUGAUAGUGAGCAUCUUAGCCCGUGUCUCGAGAUCCUAUUACCCAAAUCUCUCCUUAGUCUCCAAAAGCUUCCGAUCGAUCCUUGCUUCACCGGAGCUAUACAAAACCCGAACCCUCUUAGGCUGCACCGAGACUUUUCUCUAUGUGUGCUUACGCUUCCCUCAUGAACCUAACCCUCGCUGGUUCACUCUCUACCCGAAGAAACCUAAUCAAACCCUAAUUAACAAGAAGAAGAAGAAAGAGGAUCCAAGUCUUCAUCUAUUGGCUCCAACCCGAAUUCUCAACUCUCCUCCAUUGGAAUGGUCAAGUCCAAUUGCUGUUGGUUCUUAUCUUUACGCCAUUAACGCAGAUAUACAUGAUUCUCCAUCCGUGUGGUACCUUGACUGUAGAUUUCACAUUUGGCGUGAUUCUCCAAGAAUGAGAAUAGCUCACACCCGUACUGCAUAUGAUGGGAAUGUGUAUUUGCCAGGAAUGUAUGAAAAGCAAGAUUCUUUGGACUGCGUUGAAGUGUACAACACAGAGACUCAAGCUUGGAAUCCCGUGCCGCCCAACAAACGGAGAUUCGAAUUCAAAAAAAUGGAUGGAAUUAUUUACAUUCACCUUAAAGUAGACCCUCCUUGGCAUACUAUGGCUUUUAAGCCAAAGGAUUCGACAUGGGAAAGUGUAGGAUUGCAUAUGCUUGUGGAUCGGGUUUCUUUUUGUACGGUAGAUGAGGUAGACUAUACUUAUGUCCCUUGUACUUGUUGUGCCAUUAGAUGGAGAGCACGAAAGACUGAGGGAGAAGGAGGUUCCAGAAGAUUAGAGGGUUUAGAAGGGUUACCUCAGUUUGCUAAGUCUGCUUCUGUUAAAUUAGCAAAUCAUGGUGAUAAGCUGGUUGUUUUGUGGGACAAGUCUGUGCAAAGAUUUGGGUUUAAGAAGAAGAUGAUUUGGUGUGCAGAGAUCUCACUUGAAAAACGCAACGAUGAAGAGAUUUGGGGGAAAGUCGAAUGGUCCGAUGAGGUUCUUUUAGUGCCCAGUUCUUAUGAAUUCGUGUGUGCUAAAUCUGUUACUGUUUGACAGGUUUGGACGUAAUUAAUGAAUAUGGUUUGUAUCCCUUACUUUCUUGACAUUUCUUUGGCUUGUAGUGCAGAUGAUUAAGUUUAUUUUGGGACUUUUCUGUCUCUUUGAUAAACCCUUUGAUGGCAGAGUCGUUCUGCAUACGGUUUGAUGAAUGUGACUCAUGAGACGUUUUUGUUUUA